AAUUGCGCAAGUCAACUCUGUGUCUUGCGAAACUUCAGUGCAUGCCCCUGUAGUUAUAAAUAUAAAUAGGGUUAUCCCCCUGCAGUUCCAGUUCCAAGGACUUUAAGAAAUAUAGAUGGAUAAGGGCGUUGGGCUGUGUUUCUGUCUCUUGCUCGUCUUUGCUCUGCUGUCUUCUGCUCGUAACCCCAUUCCCAUCUCAGAGAAUGGAAUAGCAUUAGCCAAUACUGGAAGAUCUUUGAAAGCAAUGCUUAACGAUUAUAGUGAGCCUUCGGCAAAUCAAGGGCAUGAUCCCCGAUCAAAAGACGGAAACAAUAAUGGCGGCGGCGGCGGCAACAGCAGAGGUGGUGGUGGUGGUGGUGGUGGCCAUAGUCGGAGAGGCUUACCUCACUGAAAAAAUAAUUCUCAAGCUAUGUUUCUAACUUAAUAUAUAUAACGUUAGUAAUGUUUGUUUUCUUUUUAAUUCUUUGUUUGGAGAUUAUGGUGGCUAAUUCUUGCAAUUAACUAAUAUGUUAAACAAAAAUAUUAAAUGUAUCCUCAAAGACUUUAUUUUAUUAUAUUAUAUGAGAGAAUAUGAAAUAUUUUAUUUU